CUCUCGCUCUCUCUCUCUCUCUCAGUCUCUCUCACUCCGUUAUCAUUGUUGCAGUCAGAGUGGUGUGCGUCAGUGUGUGUCUGUGUGUGUUCGGUCAGUAGCAUGGCGACUCUUGGCCUCCUGCUGCUCAGCACCGCGCUGCUGCACACCGCCCAGGUAAGGAGGAGGUUGUGUCUGUGGUUCUGUGUCCAGUGUGUGUGUGUGUGUGUGUGUGUGUGUGUGUGUGUGUGUGUGUGUGUGCGUGUCUGUGUGUGUGUGUUUUAUUGUCCCCACGGUAACCCGAUAGUGAUGCAAAAACAUGUUAGUUAUGUUUAUGUGUCCAUCAGCACUGUUACAUCACAAUGUGUGUGUGUGUGUGUGUGUGUGUGUGUGUGUGUGUGUGUGUGUGUGUGUGUGUGUGUGUGUGUGUGUUUGUGUGUGCUAGUUGCUGCUGUGACUAUGUCAUUUUAGCUCCAGUCACCAUAGAGACAAGAGACGGCAACAGGAACAUCUUUUACACAGGUCUCCUGAUAGCUCAGUGUGUGUGUGUGUGUGUGUGUGAGUGAUAUAUAUGUGUGUGUGAGUGUUUAUCCAUCUAAGUGAGGACAUUCAGAGUGUUUUUUUUUUUUUGUAGCUCUAUCUAUGAUUAAAUGAAAUUAAGGAUAUUUGUAAAUUUUUGAAAUAGAUAAAUAUUUUUAAAAGCUCCAUCAGAUUGAAAAGUACAGAAUGUUGCGUCACCACCAACAUUCGUGGCAUGUUAACCCUCAGCUGUCACAACAUUACAUCGUCUUCUCGCGAUUAAAAAAAACAACAAUUCAGGGCAAUCAUAAUGUUUAUGAAAAGCUUCUGGAUAAAUUUGGGCGCGAUGAAGGGCCCCCUGCACCUCUGCACAUGUUGAGACCUGUAAGAGCUAUGACUCUGCAGAUGUUCGAUCAUUAUGAGCUAAAUAUCUUGAUGGGUCUGCCUAGGGCUGAGCGAUAUGGAAAAAGGUUUUUCAUUAUUUAUUUUUUCAUAUCAGUCGAUAUAGAUAUAUAUCACGACCAGCGGCGGCUGCUGGUCUUUCAAGGAGGGGAAGCUCAUUUUUCUGGCCUACAUCAUUAUUGUGUUUGUUUAUUUGUAUGUAACAGAACAGAGUCGCCAAACACAACUGCAGUCGUUUUUAACAAAGACAAAAGUCGCUGAGGAUCGGUAAAGUCUCCGGAGCAGUUAAGAACAAUGGAAUGAAUAACUUGGAAAAUGCUUUGGUAGAUGUUUUAUUCUUCAAGAUCGCUGAUUCGCUUGUUUAGCUGUCAAUCAAAAAAGGAUUUCACCUCAGACAGCUCAUCCAAUCAUGGAUGCAGAAGCUAAGCAUCCACGAGAAAGUUGGGACCGCCCUCUCGUCAUAGAACUCCAGAGACGCUGAGCGUCCGAUGGGCGGGACAAAGCCCAGCAUUUAUCCAAUGAGCGUCUAGUUUCGCUGCUGGAACAACCCACUUUGAGCUUCCACAUUGAAGUCAGCAGACGCUGAGCGUCAGGCUGUGUUAAGCGCUGAGGCGCUGCGAGGAUGAAUGAGAACGAAGUUGUGCCGGUUACCUGUGAUUAUCAGCUUCUUAUCACAGUGUGAUAAGAAAUGUUCACACAGCAGUACGUAUUUCACCACUUUUUCUUUUUUUUGGGGGGUCACAUUUUAAGGGAAGCUGAGCUUCCCUUGCAGUCUUAGAGCAAUCGCCACUGAUCACGACAAAAACGUAAUUUAACAGUGUUUUUUGGUAGCAUGUUUUUUGCAACACAAUAAUCUCCUGCAUCUGUGAGGUCUCUGUGUCUCUUUGACGUUUUGUCAUAAGGCGUUGCUCCAGAGAAAGCGGACUGAAUGGUCGUCUUUUUCGGCUUCACAAGCGCCAUGGGCUCCUCGCUCCUCUCGGGGUUUGUAACCUUUUGCGUUGCGUGUGCUCUGCGGCGUGGCGCUGCUUCAGGUGGUGAAAAAGAUUUAAAUUAUUCACCGACUUUGUGAGAACAUGUACUCGACAUAAUUUUCAGUACAUAUUACUCUGCUUCAUGUCCGACCUCAAAAAACCAAAAUACACCACCGCUGUUUUCAUUCCAGUGUUGUCGACGAUGUGGUCAUCUGUUGAGCCUUCAUCGUCAUUUCUGUCGGGGGUAGCACUCAUUUUCUUUUUUUCUCACCAACAGUGCUGUCAGCUUCACCUAUUAAAGUGCUAUGGUUGGGUGUAGCUGCUGUCUGCUACGACCCAGUUGUUUGCUACUUGGUUCGAAUCCAGCACAUGAUUGGCUAACCCUGGAGCAACUGCCCUUUUCAUUGGCUAUUCGUAUAGUCUACCAAAACAUGGCAGAAUGCUGACUAUUGAAAAGGAUGUUGACCAUGUUUUAUAUUGAUAUUAUGGAAAAUCAAUUGUCGAUAUAUCGUUUUAUCGCCCAGCCCUAGUCUGCCCACAAUGUGACUGUCAGCACGCCAAUUACAUUUAUAACAUGAAAAGAGUGAUAGUUGCCACAGGGUGGCACUACAACAGUAUUGGAGAAGUAA